AUGGCCGAAACGCCAACAUUAGAGUCAUUGUUUGACAAGAAGGUUGUUAUAUGUGAAGAGUUUGAGUUGGACGGUUUGAAUUUAGUCUUCAAGUGUCUUGAUUCUUACGAGGAGUACCUUGAGGUUUUGCCCCUGGUUAAGAAGCUGUCCCGUUGUUCUUUGGAGCAUCAUCGUGCCUAUGUGGACUCUAUGCUUCGUAUGCCUCUAUAUUAUCCCUUUGUAGUGCGUGUUUUAGAUAGUGUUGGUUGCGACGAUGUUACAUCAUCUUCUUCAUCUGUUCGUUCGGUUAACUCUGAUGGUUCAAGCAUAAUUGGUUACAUUGAGGUUUAUGCGAUGCCACAUUUGGGUCGUCUGUUUGAUUGUCGGUUUGAGCGUGUAAUUGUGGACCCUGCUUACCGUAACCGUGGAGUUUGUCAUAAGAUGCUUAGUAUCGCGAUCGAGUUUUGUACUUCCGUUUUGCGCUGCAACCGUAUUGAUUUGACAAGUGACAACCCUUUAGCGAUACACAUUUAUGAGAAGUUUGGUUUUGAGCAUGUUAAUGUGAACACAUAUCGCAAGACAGUGUUAUAG